CAGAGCUCUGAGUAAAAUGUUAUAUUUUGGCUUGCUUGUGUUUAUUUUGUCAUUUAAUAUACCAUAACGAAUGUUUUGGAUAGUGUGUAACGAUGAACUCUUUGAUUUUAUAUUGUUUUGUACUAUUUAAAGAAUUAAAAAUAAAUUUAUAGAAAAAAAAAAAACAGCUACCUGGACUACCAAAGCUCUCAUCACAAAAAAUGGAAGAACAAGAUACCCUUUAGCCAAUUCAAGCGGAUACGUAGAAACUUCCCCGGAAGAAGCCACGUCGUCGGGAGGAGGCGGCUGAGGGUUCCACACGCAUUCUUGGGGAUUUCACUAAUUCUACAACUAUGGGUAAAGAUAAUGCUAAUAUCGUCAUAAUUCUGACUAAACACCUGAAAAAGCUGUCAAAGGCCGGCUUAGAAGACUUUGUUGUGGCCCUCUGUGACCUUAAGCCUCCUAGGGGAUACAACCAAAUCCAGAGGGAACGUCUGGAAGGGAAAACUCCAAAGCAGAUGGCCGAAUUCAUCAUGAGAAUCUACACCAACAGGUAUGGACCAGCUAAAGUCCGACAAGCUCUGAAGAACAGCCAUCAAAAUCAGAUCCGGACAGAUCUGGAGAAAGAACUCAGAGAAGAGUCUAAAACCACAAAGUCUACCGUGAAAGUGGAGACCUCAGGUGGAGCUGCAAACCGUAAACGAGUGAAAGAGGAGCAAAGAGGGAACGAUGUAAAACCGAAGAGAAGACGAGGACAAAAAACUGAGUCUAAAACCACAAAGCCUACUGUGAAAGUGGAGACCUCAGGUGGAGCUGCAAACCGUAAACGAGUGAAAGAGGAGCAAAGAGGGGACGAUGUAAAACCGAAGAGAAGACGAGGACAAAAAACUGAUGAGGAGCAUUUUGUGAAUCAAAAUCGAACCAACCUGAUAAAGCUGAUCACGGACGUGGAGCCGGUUCUGGAUGAUCUGAUGGAGAAAGAGUUACUGACACAGGAGCAAUACGAUGUCAUUGGGAAAAAAGAGACUAGCCAGGCCAAAAUGCGAGAACUCUACAGAUACGUCAGGUCCUGGCAGAACUUGAAAGUAAAGAACACGCUACUUGAGAUUUUGAAGAAGCAUAACCCCGUUGUCAUUAAGAAUCUCCUAGGCAAAUCAAAAGCAAAGAAGAAGUAGACGCCUGAAUGCAGGAGACCCGCGAUUACGCUUUCAGGUACCUCGCGGGCCGUUUACAUGAGCAGAUGAUCAGACCGGUGACUGGAGUGAAUGCUCGUUUCUGAUAAUGGACACAGAAAAUACUCAUUUUUCUGCUGCUGAUAAACCAUGAACCUGUAUGGGAAGGAACGAUCGUAGUAACGAUCAUUCAUCACUACACAGCAGCGAUCAUUGCUCCAAGUAACUGCAGCUAACGAGUGGCCAAUGGUCGGGAAUAAACUGUUUGUUCCUGAUCGUUGCCCCGUGUAUCUGCUCAUGUAGAUGGAAUUUGUUUUCGCAA